AUGUCGCUCCCACCAUCAGAGCUUGGAACAAAAUCUCAUUGGGAUUCGGUCUACUCGCUCGAGGUGGCCAACCUAGACGAGUUCUCGGACGAAGGAGAAGUUUGGUUCGGUGAAGAGGCCGAGGAAAAAAUUAUCGAGUGGAUAGAGGAGCAUGUGGCACCUGUCUCCCCUGGUUCGCCUACGGCCAUUCGUGUCCUCGACGUAGGCACCGGCAAUGGCCAUCUCCUCUGUCGCGUGGCCGAGGAGUUUGCUCAUCUCGUGCCUGACAAGAUGAUGUUGACAGGUGUUGACUACUCUGAGUCGGCCGUGCAGCUGGCCCGGCAGGUGGCAGCAAAGCAUGGUCUUGAAAGCCGUGUCGACUUUUUCGCACUCGAUUUCCUGCGCGAUCCUGUGCCCUACCAAGGCGAAUGGGAUUUGCUCUUAGAUAAGGGCACGCUCGACGCCAUUUCCCUUUGUCCCGACCUUGUGGACGGCCAGCCCGCCGACCAUGUGUAUGUCCGUCAGGCUGCCAAAGCGCUGGGUCCGCACGGAAUCCUCUUGGUCACUAGCUGCAACUGGACCGAGGAGGAGCUCAUCGAAAAGUUUGCUCCCGUCGGCUUGGUUGUCCACUCGACUGUGCGCAUGCCCGUCAUUGAGUUUGGAGGGCAUGUGGGCAGCACGACAGCAGUUGUCGCCUUCCACAGAGCCGCCUAACUGAGUGCGCGACAAUUAAAAAAAAAAAGGAAUAAGAGUUGUCAGGGGUUGCAAGCGUGCGGGACCAUGUCGACGAUUCUCAAUGGUUUCUUUCGGGUUUUCAAUCGUUCCGGCCAAGUCGGGCACGGCCUGAGGGCCGUGCUCGACUUGCUACUAGCUGGGCCAGCUACUUUUUGCUUCUAUUCUAUGUACCCAUACAGGCCCGUCCCCACACUCCCUCCCUCUGCACCCCACGUUUGCCCCCCGCGCUUCCCCACAUACUUCGCUUAUUUCGAAACCUUGUUUCACGUGCUCACUUUGU